AUGGGGUGUGGUGCGAGUAAAGAAGAUACGGCCGGCAAGGCAAGGAACGAUGAAAUUGAGAAUCAGCUGAAAAGAGACAAGAUGGCGCAACGGAACGAGAUCAAGAUGCUCUUGCUCGGCGCCGGUGAAUCUGGAAAAUCCACAAUCCUCAAGCAGAUGAAGCUCAUACACGAGGGAGGAUAUUCGCGGGACGAACGCGAAUCUUUCAAAGAAAUCAUCUUUUCCAACACAGUCCAGUCGAUGCGCGUAAUACUAGAGGCUAUGGAAUCACUGGAGCUUCCUCUCGACGAUCAACGUGCAGAAUACCACGUUCAAACAAUAUUCAUGCAACCACCGCAAAUAGAAGGAGACAGUCUUCCUCCUGAGGUUGGCGCAGCCAUCAAAGCUCUGUGGCAAGAUGUUGGCGUUCAAGAAUGUUUCAAACGGUCGAGAGAAUAUCAAUUGAACGAUUCUGCAAGAUACUACUUUGACUCGAUCGACCGUAUCGCUGCGCAUGAUUACCUACCCAACGACCAAGACGUCCUUCGAUCUCGAGUCAAGACGACGGGUAUCACAGAAACGACGUUCAUUAUCCAAGAUUUGACAUAUCGUAUGUUCGAUGUCGGUGGCCAACGGUCAGAACGAAAGAAGUGGAUUCAUUGCUUUGAAAAUGUCACAACAAUUCUGUUCUUGGUCGCCAUCUCGGAAUAUGAUCAAUUGCUCUUCGAAGAUGAGACAGUCAACCGAAUGCAAGAAGCGCUCACACUUUUCGACAGUAUUUGCAACUCCAGAUGGUUUAUCAAGACAAGUAUCAUUUUGUUUUUGAACAAGAUCGACAGGUUUAAGGAGAAGCUUCCAGUCAGCCCAAUGCAGAACUACUUCCCGGACUACGAAGGUGGACCGGAUUAUGCCGCGGCUUGUGAUUAUAUCUUGAACCGAUUCGUGUCGCUCAAUCAAGCCGAAACAAAACAAAUCUACACCCAUUUCACCUGUGCGACCGAUACCACUCAAAUACGGUUCGUCAUGGGUGCUGUCAAUGAUAUUAUCAUUCAGGAGAACCUCCGAAUGUGCGGUCUCAUAUGA